AGGGACGAGAGAGACACCUGUUGAAGAGCAUUGAGCUGGAAUAUUGAUUGUUGAUUUCCUGUGAACUCUGCGGGUUUAUCCAAACAGAUGACCUCUUAUUGCAAUUCCUUCCCCGUCUAAGGCGUGAUCCGUGAUCCGUUGAAUCCUCACAACUUCGAUUACGCCGUCUGUUUUGGGCCCCCGGUACGAUUACUACCCUAACGUUACUCGUACUUGCGGAACAGUAGCAAGUAGAGUCCGUGUUCCCAACUUCAUUAUUUUUGCGGUUGUCUCAAUCGCAAUCCGAAGAAGAAUCUUAUACUUCUAAUACUGGCAACAUACCGUAGUUCAGUUGAGGGGGUACCGUACAGCUGGUUUACUCGCCCGCAGGCAUGGUACUCGAGUAUCGAACAGAAAGGGGGUCCGGACGGAACAACUGCGAUUGUUGCCGUCCCGAGUGUGCGCUCACGUUGUAUGCGACGCUUGCUCCUGUCAACCCAACGCGGCUCCUGCCGGGAAGAUCUUCUGGUGCUGGGAGCGCCCCGCGCAUCUGUGGGUUGUUCGCAGCCGCAUGGUCCUGGCCCCUACCCUGUCACCCAGCACUUUGUCCCCUUCUCGGCCGUCCACUGGCUCUCGCUCCCUCCUUCCCCUACAUACUCGAUAGUCUCUCCAUCCACAAACACACCCCCGUCCCCUCUCCCUCCCUCGACAUUCUUUCAUCACCCCCUCCUCUGUCCUCCACUGUUCUCAGCUUAUAUUACCCUACUCUCUUCGAAAUCUUAUACGACUCGCCAAUUGAUUUCUCGGAAUACAUCAUGGGCAUAUUCUCCAAAAAAUCGGGUUCCAGGGCAAAUUCUGUCACCUCGGAGAGCACUUGCAAAUCGAAUCGCAAGGGCUCUCAAACCUCCCUCGCGAGCACAGCCAAAUCUCCCACUACAGGUCAGCCAGGCAGAUCGUCUUCCUCAGGAAACACUUCGCCAGCGUUGCCCUCCAUUCCCUUUGUCGAAUUACCACCUGCACCAGAUCCAGGCUUGGAUCCUUCCGGUUAUCUCAGGAGCAUCUAUGCCGUUCGGGAGCGUUCUAAGUUUGUUAUAGAGGCGGCUCUGAGGAACCAGCUCACUAACUUCACCGUUGAUAUGACCAAGUUUAGGGAUGUUGCCGAAUAUGUGGUCUCUAUUAUAAAGGUACGGGGCCAUUAUAUCUUUUAUCUUUUUGCCCUUCUGGUUUCACUAUCUGUGGCCACUGGGUGCAGUGGUUGCCGAAGACUUGAGUUGGAUGGCUAACAAUUCCAUUUGACCUGAUUGUAGAGAGACCAUGCCCCUGACUAUCACAUGAUUCCUCCUCACGGUCGGUGGCAGCAUUUUGAAGUUGGUGGGCGUCCCCGCAUAGACCAAAUGAUGCAAUCCUGGCCAUCGGACCCCGCGGAGCAAACGAGGAGGCUUAUUGACCUGUUCAUGGUUUCUGUCUUGCUUGAUGCCGGCGCUGGGACAAAGUGGCAAUAUAAGUCGAAGGAUAAUGGCAAAGUCUAUCGUAGGAGUGAGGGCCUGGCGGUUGCUAGCUUGGACAUGUUCAGAGAAGGCUUGUUCUCAAGCAACCCCGAGCAGAAGGAGCAAGUGGACGGUGAGUUUGCCAUCUUCGAUCUGCCUUGUUGGUGGCCUUGACCCAUCAUAGGCCGUUCUGGAGUCUCCCAUUCACCCCAAGUUGGUCGAUACUGACGAGAUGGCCUAUCAGGUAUGGCAUUGAAAAAUCUGACCCUUCAGGCUUUGGCCGUGGGCCUCCAAGUCUCAGAAUCAAACCCACUUAGUGGCCUUGAAGGGCGAUCGUCACUUUUGAUCAAAUUGGGUGAAGCAUUAGACAACCAAGACUUUUUUGGCGUAGAUUCCCGUCCCGGAAACAUGUUAGGUAAGAGAUAUUCGCUCCAUUCAACUUGGAUAUUGGCAGAUUAACUUGAUUGCAAGACUAUCUUUUGCAACAUUCUAGCACCAAGAAGUUCGGGGUCAGCUCAGUCAUCCCCAUUCCAACUUUGUGGUCUGUUUUAAUGGAUGGACUUGCGCCAAUCUGGCCUCAAUCGCGGACCCAAUUUGACGGUGUCUCCCUCGGCGACGCCUGGCCCUGUUCCUCUAUGCCCCCGGCGCCUGGGUGGGAGCGUAUUGUUCCGUUCCACAAGCUCACACAAUGGCUCACGUAUUCAUUGAUGGUUCCAAUGUCAAAGCUCAUGGGCGUGAUGUGGGCAGGAGAGCGUCUACUAACUGGGCUUCCGGAGUACCGUAAUGGCGGUUUACUGAUUGAUACUGGUCUCCUCACCUUGAAGGCGUCCCAAAUGGAACGUGGCAUUAAGGCAUACCAUGCGAAUGCAAAAAAGGCUGGCCAGCCAAACGUCGAAGUUGUACCGCUUUUUACCCCAGAUGACGAUGUUGUUGUUGAGUGGAGGGCUUGCACCCUAGGCUUCCUGGAUAUGUUACUUGUGGAAGUGAACAAUCUGCUUGGGUUGAAGGUGGGCGAGCAGCUAAAUUUGGCGCAAAUGCUAGAAGCCGGAACUUGGAAGGUAUGGAUUUCCCGAAAAUGACUGGCUCCUGGCUAAAAGUGUUUAUAUAGGGAGGAAGGGAACUUGCGGAGGUUUCGAGGCCCAACACCAAAGAGCCUCCUAUUAUGAUCUUGUCGGACGGAACAGUGUUUUAAGCUGGUUAGCACAAGAAGGCCGCGCAUGCGACUUCCCCUAACUGUUUUCCCAGUAUCUUUUGCCUGCAUUCUGGCCCGGAUGACAAAUUGCCAUCGUCGCCUGCAAAUUUCCGUAUUAUUAGUCUCCCUCUCUUUGAAGAGUUUUCUUCCCUUCUCUUCCACCACUAACGUCGGCUUCAACCGUCCGAUAUCUCAUGCGUACGGAUUAUCAUGUGCGCAUUUUUCCUUAAGUUUUCUUGUCAAGUGUUCUCGUCAUGUUUUGUUAGUAUUUUCGCUUGUGACCAAAUUUGCAAUGCUUACCGACCCUCCCUUUCAACGUUCAUUUUAGGGUCUUCGCGGUGGGCUAUGGUGAUACCAAUGUCAUUAUAGAUAAAGGGAGUAUGGAACAAGAAAACUUGUGAAAUGCGGCAAUUGCUAACCCAUUAAUAGGAGGUGCUUGGUUCUAGCGCAGGGUUGUAGACAUCUAAUAUAACACUGUUUUGAUUUCCUCGGGACUGUAGGCACCGGUUAUCAGGCUUCCCGAUUUCGGCCAAUAAUACCUCGACAGGAAUGUUAUUACUGGUAUCACAAUGUCAUGCCUAAAUUUCGCAGCUGAUUUUUCAUUGAACCGGUUCAAUUGUUGUUUCCGCAAUCGACAGUAGUGCUUUAGUAUAAACAUACCGGUUGUCUGCUGAAUUCGAGAAAAAGAUUGCUCUAAAGAUCUACAAAUUAUUUUGUGAUUAGUU